AUGGGAGAUUCGGUUCAGCAGUUAGUUCUUCCAAAGAGUCGAAGAAAAGAUGUUUUAAAAUUAGCACAUGAAUCUGUUUUCGGGGCUCACAUGGGAAUAAAGAAAACAAAAGAGAGAAUCAGAUAUAAUUUCUACUGGCCCAAUAUGAAUAAUGAUAUUACCGAAUAUUGCCUAUCUUGCGAACCAUGUCAGUUAAGAAGUACCGAAAAAAUAACUGAUAGAAUUCCUAUUACCCCAGUUCUAAGACCUUAUUUACCAUUCGAAGUUGUUAAUAUCGAUAUUAUAGGUCCUAUAGAACCUCCUUCGGCUAGAAAACAUAAAUAUGUUUUAUGUUUAAUGGAUCAACAUUCACGUUGGCCAGAAGCCAUUCCAUUACGUUCUUUAACGGCAAAAGCUACUUGUGAUGCUCUGUUGGAAAUAUUUACAAGAACUGGUAUUCCGAAAAUUAUAGCAAGUGACCAAGGAACUAACUUUAUUUCUCAACUGACACAAGAAUUUAUGAAGCGUCUUGGAUGUCAUCCUAGAUUUUCAGUUCCAGGAUAUCCAGCUAGUAAUGGACUUGUCGAGAGGUACAACCGAGUUUUGAAAAACGCUCUACAUCACAUCAUCCGUAUGGAUCCAUCUAAUUGGGAUAAGUAUCUACCAUAUUUGCUCUUUGCUUAUCGCGAGGUUCCCAAUUCUACUACAGGGGUUUCUCCGUUCAAGUUAAUGUAUGGUCGAGAGAUACGUGGUCCACUGAGUGUUUUGAAAUCUAGUUGGAGUGGUGAAAUACCGAUACCCUUAAAUAUGAAGCAAUCAGUUGUUGAUUAUUUACAAGAAAUGAAAAUAAACUUAGAACGAGCAGCUGAUCAAGCAUCCUUGAUAGCAUCUGAGAAACAGGCAGCUUAUUCGAAUUACUUUAAUCGUCGAGCUAUACCUAAAGAAUUCAAAGUAGGAGACAAAGUUUAUUUGCUUAUUCCCGAUUCGUCCAAUAAACUUUAUGCAAGAUGGACUGGUCCAGGGAAGAUUAUAAAAUACUGUCCACCUCAUUCAUAUAAAGUCAAACUUUCAGAUGGGAAAGUAAAACAUGUUCACGUGAAUAAAAUCAGAAAGUAUAUAGCUAGAGUAAAUGCUGUGGGGGUUAUUUUCGAAAACGAAGAAGAAUUUGGAGAGAUUCAUCCAACUCCGCAAGCUUCUUCUCAAGAUAUGGAAGUUGUUCUCCAAAAAUUGCAACUUGAACAUUUAACGGGUGACCAACAGCAGCAAAUUAAGCAACUCAUAAGAAAGCACGAAUCGUUAUUUACAGGUAAAGUGAAAAUUGCAAAGGUGGGUUUUCACAAAAUAAAAUUAAAACCCAAUCAAGAAAGGAAAAAGCCACAUAUCUACCGGAUUCCUGAAACUUUAAAAUCCAAAGUUGAUGAACAAAUUGAAGAGCUGUUAGAACUUGAUUUAAUAGAAGAAAGCAGUGCAGAAAUUGCAUAUCCUAUAGUUUGUGUGAACAAGAAAGACGGUGGAAUUCGAUUGUGUGUUGAUUAUCGUGCAUUGAAUUCUGUGACAAUUACUGAUGAUUUUCCUAUGCAAAAUGCUUCAGAACUUAUACAUUCAAUAGGACAAGCUAAUAUAAUAUCAACACUGGAUUUACUACGAGGUUAUUGGGCUAUUCCUAUGGAUCCUGAAAGUCGUGAUUACACUUCGUUUAAAACCCAUCGACAACAGUACAGAUUUAAAGUUAUGAGUUUUGGUCUGAAAAACGCUGCAGCAGCAACAUUUCAAAGGGAAAUCAAUAAAGCACUCCAUGAAUACAAAGACUUUGCCAGAGCAUAUAUUGAUGACAUCGCAAUAUUUUCAAAGGACUGGAAAUCUCAUAUGGUUCAUUUGGAUAUGAUACUCACUAAGUUGGAAGAGCUUCGCUUUACAGUCAAUAUCAGCAAAUGUGAUUUUGCCAAACCGCAAAUCAAAUAUUUGGGUCAUGUAAUCGGAUCUGGAAAACAUCAAGCCGAUCCUGAGAAGAUAGAAGCAAUUUCCAGAUUAUCAAAACCGAAGACCAAGAAGCAACUCAGAAGUUUAUUAGGUCUAUGUAACUAUUAUAGGGACUAUAUUCCAAAAUAUUCUGAAUUAGUAUAUCCACUUACUGAACUUACAAAGAAGAAGAUACCUGAAGAAAUACCAUGGAAAGAAGAGCACGACAUUGCUUUCGAAAGAACUCAAAAAUGCUCUGAUUAA